GAUAAAAGAGAGUUCCGAGACAAUUACUGUUUCAAAGAGGAGGCUGAAAAGUCAUAUCACGAGACAUUUUUCAAUGCAUCUGCCUAGAUUUUCAAACAGGGGAAUUAAACCAAAAAAUUAUGUAAAUAUUUCUUAAAAAAAAAAAAAAAACCCAAACUCCAUAAAAACAUUUUCAAUUCGCCUUAUUAAAAACCUACCAUAAGGUGUCAUCACUAACACAUUGAUGUUUCAAGCAGACGAUGAUGUAUUGAUCUAACAAUGCAUAGAUUUUUGAACUUAUCUCGUGACUUUUGUGUGUAAAAUGAAAUCGGACAGGAAAAAUAGCAGAGAACUAAAGUAUUCAGUCAAACAAAAUCUGAAAACAAGGCCAUACUUUCGUCUAAGGUCGAAUAUUUUUGUCUUACAAGAAUGAAUAAAUUCAAUAACACUUCACUACCAUAUGGAAAAGAAUAAAAAGAAUGUUAGUAGAAGAAUACACCUGAAACUGUGAAAAGAGACGAAUCGUGUAAGUUUUCACCUUCUAUCUGUUUUAAUGUUAAAUAUUUAUAUAUCAAAACAACAAUUUGACCUGAUGUUGUCAUAACGUUAUACUUUUUAUAAUUACAUCAUAUACAAUGUACAGGUGUCUUAAUUUUUUACAUCAGUUUAAGGAUAUAUUUGACAUGAUUCUAUUUUCGCUUUUGUAUGCUCGGGUGACUUCAAUAACUGGGGAUUUUUGAAGAAAUACAUCUUAAUUGUUUGCAUCCACAACUUGAAUAUGCAAUUUGUACACAUCCGCAUUUGAGACCUUCCCAUUAUUUUUUAGAGACCUAAGCGGUGAUAUAUUUUGUUGUUUUAAAGAAUACAUAAAACAAGAUGUGUAGCUGUAAGUGCAUUAUUGUCACUGUCAUUGUCCUGGUUGUAAUUAUCACGUUGAUAGCAGUAGUAGCAACUUCACUCAAGAAACUGGCAUCAGACGAAAUUGGUAUAAAGUACGAUACAAUUCUGAAAAAGUUAGAAAAUACCACAGAAAGAGAAGGUUUACACACAGGACUUCCAGGAUUUAAAUUCAUCAAAUUUCCAAGUGUAUACACAUCACUUACAUUCAAUCACCUAGAAAGUUUAAACAAAGAUGGUGUAAAAAUUGUCCUUUAUGUUAGCUAUCAAUACAAAGUCAGAUCGGACAAACUUAGGGAUAUCAUUCUUGAAUUCAGGGAUAAAGAUGGUUACACGAAAUUUCUCAGAUAUGAAGGAGAAUCUGCUAUUCAUGAGUCAUGUAGCUAUUUUAACACAUCUCAGUUUGCAGCAGAGCGUGCCAAUUUUCAGGAAAAGGUCAAGGAUCAAAUAAUGGUCAGAUAUAAAAAAGUAAACGCAGAAAUUACAGAUUUGCAAGUGAACAACAUUGCUCGACCAACAGAAUACGAGAGUGCCAUAAGGAGUAAAGAAAAGGCCAGAGAAGACAUACGGGUGGCUAACAACGAACGUCCGCGACUUUUGACAGAGGCUGAGACACAGAAACGUGAAGCUGAAACAAAUGCCAAGAUUAUUAUUGACAAGGCAGAAUCUGAUACUCGUAUUUUAGCUAACAGAGCUGUGACAGAGGCCCAGUCUAUUAUUGCCCAGUAUAAAAAAGAGGCUGAAGCGUACAAGAAGAUCGUUGAAGCUUCAGGACUUGGCUUCACUAUUGAUGGUUUCAUCUCCUAUCUGGGUGUACGAGUAAUCGCUGAUGCAAAGAACCUAGUCUACAUAGGUUUGGACAGCCCAGCCAAGACUGUCUAUCCUUAAAAAAAAUAUACAUUGUCUCCCCAUGCGUGCAUCCAGGCAAAUUUAAGAAUUGUAUUUAUCUGCAGUGAUUAGGAUUAUAUAAUGUGCAAUAAAUAAGAUAAAGAUUCGAUGAUGAUGAUGUAUAAAUUUGACCAUUUUACUUUAAAUACCAAAACGUAAAUUAAGUAAAAGAUUUACGAUAUAAGAAGUGACUGUAAAUGAAAAAAAAAACACUACUUAUUUGUUGCAUACGAUGAGCUUUUAUGGAUUUACCUUCAUCAGGAACGUCCAAACCAAAAUAUUUGAAAGUCAGAGAUGUAUAAGACCAAAACACAAGAGGAGCUAUUUGACCAAACGGGACCCAACACAAUAGCCAAAUUUAUUCAAGGUCAACUUUGACAGAGGGAGUUGGAAGUUUCUUAAUAGUUUCUUAUUCAUCAACGUUUUAUUAAAGAAAAGUUUGUUAUAAAAAAAAGUUGAAUAAGUUUUCAAUUUAUCAAUUAAUUAAUCCAUUUUUUCUAAUUAGGCAGAAGUACUUGGUACAACAUUAAUAAGGUUUAUGGUUUUUGCAAAUGCACUAUAACGUAUUUUACACUACGCGAUGAUCUCUUUAGAAAUAAAUUUGUCAUUUAAUGUAUAGGUGAAACAUUUAUUCAGAGUUGGCGAAAUUUGUCUACAUAUAGUCUUUCAAGAACACUUAUUUCUUUGAUUUCUUUUUUUACAUUCGUCACAACUCGGCCGAUUCCGUACCUUCAUGGAGAGUAGCGGAUACACCCGAGGAUUUCCGAUAGCUUUUUUUAAUGAACAUUUUCAUGUUCUAGUUUUCGAAAAACAGCCUUUUAAAUUUGAUACUCCACUUAUGAAUAUUCAUCUUUACGAUUGUUAACUAAUUUUGUUAUUUGAUAUACCCCUAAGAGUGUAAGUUCCAUGGGUAUAUCUAAUGUUCAUCAGGAUUUUAUGUCUAAUGCAAAACGAUAUCUAACAAUAAUUUAGAAGGGAGACUUUUCGUUAAUAUGACUUUAGCAUACAGCAUGUCCAUUGAUAAAUGCAGGAUAUCCCUAAAAAAAUAAUAACAUCACAAUGUAAGUUCAUUUAUUUUCAUUUUGUGUAGUUCUUUGGAUAAUUGAAAAAUUUGUCAUACAAGUCUUUAAUUAAAAUUAUGUUUGAAUUUCAA